UAUGCACCUCCAAAUCACACAUAUAAUUCACAACAGCAGCCAUAUUAUAACCCCAAUCUACAGCAGCAAGGAUGGGCCCAAAACCAGUAUCCUCAGCAGCAAUACUUUGGUGCGCCGCCAGGACCCACACAAGGACAACCCAUCACUGGAGUCUUUAAUCCUCGCCCACGCUUCAAUGACUGCUGGGCAUUCCUCUUGUUCAUUGCACAACUGGCUGCAUUUGUAGUUCUAUCCUAUUUCGCCAUACAUCAGAUCGACAGCGAUCGCAAUUUCGACGACAGUGGAUAUUAUCAACAACCAGGAUAUAGAGCGCCCUCAAGUGGUGCAUCUGGGUUUUUUUCCAAAUCAGGACUGAUCACAAUGCUCAUCUCUAUUCUCACAGGGCUAGUUUUUGCCGUGCUAUACUUCAUGCUCACACAAGCUUACCCUCGACAGGUGAUCAAGGUCACGUUUGCCUUGAGCAUCAUCGUAUAUCUCGCAAUUGCGAUCUAUUACUUUUACCGUCGCCAAUGGAUGCCGGCCAUAUUUGGACUGAUCUUUGGUCUUCUGUAUGCAUCCAUGUGGUUCUUUUGGCAGAGCCGCAUACCCUUUGCAACCGAGAUGUUGAAAGCAGUGACAUCGAUCUCUCGAAGCUAUCCAGCCACGUUUGCAAUAGCUUUCUUGGGACUCUUUGUUCAAACAGCCUACUCUGUCUAUUUCAUCACAGUUAUUACGGGAUGCUAUGAAAUGUACUAUGAUCGGAACACGAGGAGUACGCCAGGGAAACUCAAAGUCUUGAUUGUCUUCUGCUUCCUCUCAUUUUAUUGGACAUCCCAGGUCAUCAAGAAUAUAGUCCACGUAACUAUUGCUGGUGUCUACGCCACAUAUUACUUCCUGAUGGGCUCACCUCAAGGCAUGACCAAAUCGCCCACUUGGGAGAGUUUCAAGCGCGCAUGUACAACGUCGAUUGGAAGUAUUUGCUUUGGAUCAUUGAUCAUUGCUGUCAUUCAGACUUUGAGAGCUCUAGCUCAAAUGCUUCGUGGCGAUGGAGACAACGGCCUUUUAAUAUUCCUUGCCUGCAUUAUAGAUUGCAUCCUUGGAUGUCUUCAAGGACUCCUCGAGUACGUUAACAAGUACGCGUUCUGUCAAGUCGCCAUCUAUGGUAAACCGUUCAUCCCUGCUGCCAGGGAUACAUGGGAUAUUCUACGAGACAGGGGUGUUGUUCAGAUUAUCAAUGAUAACCUCGUCGGAAAUGUAUGGGCAAUGGGAGCUAUCACGUCUGGACUUUUAUCGGGACUUGCAAGCUACCUCUAUCUCUGGUGGGCAAAGCCAUCAUUCAAUUCUAAUGGAGAUUUUACCUACGUGAUUGUGACAAUGGCGUUUGUAAUGGGAUUGCAGAUGGUAUUUACAGUUGGAUCAGUCAUCGACAGUGGUGUGUCUACCACGUUUGUUUGUCUUGCAGAAGAUCCAGCGGCGUUGGCAAGGACGAAGCCCGAGUUGUUCGAGAGUAUCCGCGCCACUUGGCCUGCGGUCGUUCAGGGGGUCCAUUACUCUUAAACAAUGCUUUCAAGGACUUGUUAGUCUAUCAUCUAUGGUCCAAUAAACAAGUAUAAAGCUG